AUGGAUAAGGUUUUCAUCUCAAUGACUCUGGGUGUGAGGCAUUGGAAUUUGGCAUUUUGUAAGAGUGCUCCAUCUGAAAAAAAUAUUGCUUUCGCCUCGGAUGGUUUUCGUGUCAAAGUAUCACUACCUCGAAUCCGAUAUGUUCUAUUGACCACCGGUGCUAUUGACAAUGAUCCAGUGAUCGGUAAACUCCAUGAUGGAGAAUUCGAGAUGUACUCCAAAAUUCGAGACGAUCCCGACUACCAAGUGCCUGGAAGUGCGCCCUCAAGCGGUAGUGGCUCUACGACGAGGUCCACUCAUCCUAAUUAUGACUUCCGUCAGGACGAGCUUUCUUUGGGUACGCGCAAGAGGAAUCGAGAUGCCGACGAAGCAGAAGAUGACGAGGAGGAAGAGGAAGAGGUUUCUGGUCGAAAGAAAAAUCCUGGCCGAAGAAAAAUUGAUAUUGAAUAUAUUCAUGAUAAAGGCAAACGCCACAUCACUUUUUCUAAGCGAAAGGCUGGGAUUAUGAAAAAGGCCUAUGAGCUCGCUACAUUGACUGGCACGCAACUCCUUCUUCUGGUGGUCUCAGACUCGGGGGUUGUUUACACUUUCACUACACCAAAGCUAGAAACUCUAGUUUCCGAACAGCCAGGAAAAGAUAUCAUAUUGAAAUGUUUGGCCGAUGGAUCUUCAGAACUCCAAAUCCAGCGUGAAAGCCCUUCCGAAACGACACCUAUCAUUUCAAAGUGUCCAUUGCCCGAGCAAGAAUUUUCUGAGGACGCAUCUGGGUCACAAGCAAACACUCGUUUGACAGACGGAUUGAAUUCACUUGAACAACCUUACGCUCUAAAUCCAUGUGAAGCCAACGGCUCCGCUUCCUUCGGCCCACUUGGUUCUCAUCCUUAUAUCUCUGAUCACAAUCAAUCAAUGUUACCUUCAUACGAUCCACUGAUUCUGGGUCAUCAUGGGGUUGACAAUCUGUACGGUCACUUGGGAGAUCAGCUUAUGAACGACGCGACAAAUCCUUACUCUUCUUUACCCCAUACCAUCUCAAAUCGACCACCUGGAAGCGCUUCUUAUCUAGAUAUGAAUCUCAACCAAACCCUUCUGAGAGGUGAUAGCGGAAACUCGAUCACAAAUCCCGCAGAGUAUCAAAGUAUCAAGAGAAGAAAAACGGAAACAGACCUGCGUUCUAGAUCUAGAACUGAUAACACCGCUGCCUCACAGUAUCCUCCUCUCCCGAACCAGUUCGCGGCUGACCUUCACAACCCAUGGAAUGAGAAUCAUGUCACUAUGAAGUACAACAUGGCACAACAAGCUCGUAUCCUUGCACUUCAACAUCCUACGAUCACCAAUGCCGUCUCAGCUUUCCUGAUGUCUGAAUACCUACGCCAUGAGAAUGCGGUUUCGUUUGAGUCCGAACCGCGAGAGGAUUUGAAUCGUUUAGAAAGAACCAUGAAGCUGUUUUUGGAUGCCUGUGAUCAGUCCCCUAUGAGUAAUAUGCAUUCGGUUGGAGGGAAAUCUUGGAAGGACGAAACACCACCGUCCUACGAGGUCCUUGGGAAGUGCUUAUCAUUUUUCUUACAAGAAUACUUGCAUAUUCAAAGCUUCGUUGACUACAUAAAUGUACUCUACGACCAGCCACUCGUUCCUACAACCAGUAUAUCUGAAUUGACCGCCCCUUCGACUGGCACUGAUGAUCCCCAGACUGCUUCCACUUCCACGGAGCCCUUCUCUGGAGCCGUAUCCACAGUUCCAUCAUUAUCUCCGGUAGGAAAAUCAAAGACUGCUCCUAAAUUGAAGCCUCGCAAAGGCGUCAAUGUCUCGCUCCGAGGUGGUCGUUUGAGUACGAAUUUGGAAGAGUACACAGCUUGGUGUCGACAAAACAAAAUCUCAUGGUCCGGUAACAACCCCCAAUCAACUCUUGUUACAUGGUUCAAAAUUGAAAGAGUUAGAAGGACAUUCUGUUGUUGUAUUGCUGAGUAUCCUUCUGAGACGCAAUUAGACAAUGUACUCAAGAUCAGAUUUCCGGCCUCAGCGAUAAAAUUGAUCCGGAAGCAUGACAGACUAAAGCUGGAGGUCAAGAAAGCGGAUGAUGGAUCAGAAUGGAAUAUCUUUCAACACCUUGACUCUGACCUUUAUCCAGAGGAUGAGUCUGACGAGGACGAAAUCAGUUUCCCUCCCGGAGACAAACCAAUCGAUCCUGAAGCUAUCGACUCAGUGGCAAAAGGGAAAGGUAUAGACCGAGAUCAAGCAAAAUCUUUCCUAGACUCAAGAAGAUUGAUGCGUCAACAGAUUGAAGCAGGAGAUUAUGAAGAUGAUGGGUUUGAGAGUAAAGUGCCGCCGAAAGGCGGUAAACAGGCAUUUAGGGUCAAACGGCCACCGAGUAAGCUGAAGAGACAAGCUUCUCCCCUCAGCAAAGCAGAAGAUGCUGACAUUCAAGUAGGAUUGCCAAAUCAACCGUCGAGAUCUAUCAACUAG